CGUCCUCGAAGGGAAAUUGAAGAGGCGGCCUGGACGGGACAUCAGAAGUGGUGGCACGUCGCGCGUACCAAACUUGCUGUUCUCUACCCACUCCUCAGCAGAGAGGCCGGGUCCGAUCGGUGGCGUAUUUGGCUUCCAGCUAUCCACAGGCCGACGGAAAGUCCCAUGCGGCCGGCGAAGAUGAGCAUUACUGGUCCGAUAAUGGCCAGUUGGCUGCUGUUGGGCAGCCACUUCAUCGCGAUUCGGUGCGUCAUGUUAUUGGCGUGCCGUUGUCGGAAACAGCGGCUUUCGUGUCACUCGGCUCGGCGCUGUGUCCUCCAGUCGCGUUUCAGGAGACCGCAUUAUUGAGCGGGCAUCGAUAUCACUGAGAGAUUUGGGAGACAUCUGCGAACGGAAGUGAGGGGAUGCCGAAGCUGAGGUUGCGGUUCAUCUGCGCAAGGGGAUGAUGAUAGGCACUCGCCAAUCUGGCGCGAUCUGCAAUCGCGCCCACUCGGGCGGUGCCGGCGAGGGUCUUGCUGUGAACGUCGACGACGCGAUACCGCGGUUUCGGCGAACCAUCCGGACAUUUGACUCGUGGCAGAUGACAGAUGACAGCAAGAAAGACGCGGUUUGGAAGCGCACACACAACUGCCGGGAGUCGGAUCGGGGGCCGAGAAGAGCCACCUAUUGUCUUCCUCGGUUGCGCUUUCCGCGCGAAGCCCGCUUGCAGCUGCGGCCUGUGGAAAUGUCGUCAUCCAUCCAUCCCAUCGCUCUUCCAGGCUUCACGUUGUCUCCAGACCCAACCACAGCCGGCGCGACGACCGGUCCUCGAAUUGGCAGCACAUCGCCAGGUGAUCUCUGCAUCACUCGCCAUCGAAGCCUAGCCCCGGGCGAAGCCGGACGAGACUCCCCCGUCGGGACGGCGCGGUAGCGAACGGCACUGCGGACCGGCUUCCUGUCGAACCUCGUGCAUGGCAGCCAAUUUGACACCCUUUGCGCGGUGUCACACCUCAAAGAAACGAUUCCGCCAUGUACACUUCGAAUGCGCUACUACUUUUAUCAUACAUCCGGGAGCGCCGCCCUUUUCGUUCCCCGGGGAAGCAAUUGCUCUGGUUUUCGAGUAGAGGACAUGUCUGCCGGCUCAAUUGAAGGGCACUCCAAUCCGGAGCGACCGCAGCAGUGUGAUAGCCAGCUUCAAUGUGCGUCGACCCGCGAUUCAUCCUGUCUCGCCUUUGUUUGCCUACUUGGUCCUUUCUACACCGCUA